UGCUGGGCCGGUGGAGGAGGCUGUCAGAGCCUUCAUGAUGCCCGGGGCCACGCUGGGCUCCUCUCGGGGCAGGGCCAGCGCGGGGCCUCCCUUGGGCUCUCCCCCUCCCCCCGGAGGCUUCCAGGUGGAAGGGCUGGAAUCCUAGCCGCUUCACAGCAUCUGUGUUCUCAGAAGGAACCUCAUCCCCCUGUUCCGAUCCCUACUGUUGAGUCCAGCACUGCCCUGGCCCCCAGAGCCUCCAGACUCGAGCCCUAGACCAUGUUCUAGCUGGCUCUCCACCUAACCCACCUUCCUGGACAAGACACAGCCAGUGUCUCCAUUUCCAUGCCCACCAAGGCCCUGGAAACACGCUCUGUCACCCCAAAAUGAUGUUUCUGGACACAGCUCAGAAUGCAAAGGAGGAGAGGAGAAAAAUUAAGGCUGUGGCUAACCUUUCCUCGGUCAGAUGGGAAGGUUCACGCCUAUGAGAGGGCCCGCACAAGGACAGCAAUGGGAUGCCCUCCCCUGUUUUCCAGGAUGGAUUCACUGCAGAGACAGGACCUGCGGAGGCCCAAGAUCCAUGGGGCAACCCGAGUUAGCACCCAGAACCUCGCCCCCUACCAGACACCCACUCUGGCCUACCUACAGCGUCUGCUGUGGAUUCGAAGGGCCACCUCAAUGAGCCACAUCAAUGAGGUCUGGCCCAACCUCUACCUGGGAGACGCAUACGCAGCCCGGGAUAAGAGUAAACUGUGCCAGCUGGGUGUCACCCACAUUGUGAAUGUGGCUGCUGGCAGGUUCCACGUUGACACGGGCACCAAAUUCUACCGAGGGAUGCCCGUGGAUUAUUACGGGAUUGAGGCUGAUGACAAUCCCUUCUUUGACCUUAGCAUUUACUUUCUGCCUGCAGCAAGAUACAUCAGAACAGCUCUCAGCAAUCAAGGCCGUGUAUUCGUGCACUGUGCCAUGGGGGUCAGCCGGUCUGCCACACUUGUCCUGGCAUACCUCAUGAUCUGUGAAAAUAUGACCCUGGUAGAGGCCAUUCAGACUGUGCAGACCCACCGAGACAUUUGCCCCAACUCAGGUUUCCUCAGGCAGCUCCAGGUCCUCGACAGUCGGCUGGGGCGGGAUAUGGGGAGACUCUGACUGGUCAGGUAGCUGGGAAUAGAGGCCCGUUAGAGGGUCUCUUCCUCCUACUUGCAUUGAAGAAGACUGGCAACCUUCACUGUUUACAAAUGGACCCUGAGAUGUAAAUAUCAAACGUAGGGGCAUCAGAUGGCAGGGGUGGGGAAAGGUUGAGAGUUGACAUUUAACAGGUGAAUUUGCUCAACAUGUUAAAAAAAGAUUCUUUAUGAGUAGAAAGUUUGGUCUCAAUCUAUAAUAAAGAAUUAAUUCAUCAGACCAAAAA